AUGGAUACGAAUAGAAUCGGCAACGGUGGAAUCUACAAGCCAACAAUUUUAACCGAUGCUGUGCCAUCGUCUUCGUCAACAAUCGGACAUUUUAUAAAUUGUUCUCUUGACGAUUAUCAACCUUCCUCAGCUCGUGACAGUGGCUGUUAUUCAUCAGCAGCCGAUGAAUUGCAUUCAAUGCAGCCGCAUUUAUCAAGUCCGAAUACGCACACUAAACAUCACCAUCACCAUCAAGCGAAAUACAAGAAAACAGUGCAACAGCUCGACGACAAAACUGAACAAGGAAAAUCAUCGAAGAAUGAACCGUUUGAUAAAGUUAUUAUUAACGUCAGCGGAUUACGUUUCGAAACACGAGCAUCUACGUUGCAACGGUAUCCACAUACAUUACUUGGUGACAAACAACGUCGUGGACAUUUUUUCGACUAUAUGAAUAAUGAAUAUUUUUUCGAACGACAUCGUUCAUCAUUCGAAGCUGUUCUGUAUUUCUAUCAAAGUCAUGGACGUUUAACUCGACCCGAGAAUAUUCCUGCGGAAAUCUUCCUAGAAGAAAUCAAGUUUUUCGAUCUUGGCGAAGAAGUACUCAAGCGUUAUCGGAAACAGGAAGGUUAUGUAGAAGAAAUACCUGUUCAACGACCUGUUAACGAACUCCAACGUAAAAUUUGGGAAAUCUUCGAAUGUCCGGAAUCAUCGAACAUAGCUCGUGUAGUGGCUAUUAUUUCGAUCAUUAUGAUUAUUAUAUCAAUUGCAUCGUUCAUUAUCGAAACUCUCCCGUUCAUACGUAAUGAACCCCCAUUAUCGUUUGAAUCAAAUGUAAACGGUACUGAACGAUAUAAUUCUUUGUCAGUGCAUAGUGAAACACGAUUUUCUUGGAUAUUUUUUGUACUUGAAACCAUCUGUGUCACCUGGUUCUUGUUCGAACUUUUAAGUCGAUUCUUCGUUGCACCGUCCAAAUUUAACUUUAUUAAAAAUGGUCCCAAUAUCAUCGAUGUCGUCUCAAUUAUCCCGUAUUUUAUACAACUAAUCGGCAACAUUUAUCAGAAAAAAGAUAGCAAUGUAUCGGGAUUUUCCUCGACAUUGACUGUUCUUCGAAUAGUUCGACUUGUGCGUGUCUUCCGAAUAUUUAAACUAUCAAGACACUUUAAGGGUCUACAAGUUCUUGCCUUGACAUUUGUGGCGUCAUGGAAAGAAUUGUUGCUAUUAAUGUUCUUUCUUUUCAUCAUUGUUAUCGUCUUCUCAUCGUUUAUGUAUUUUGUCGAAGCGGAUUAUUCAAAUAUAUCUCCAGCGAAACCGACCACUCAUCCAUCUUCGACUUCAUUUUCGUGUCCUCCACUUGCGAAUUGUCUUUCAACAUUAGAACAAAAUCAUGCGACGACACAAACCAACAAUCAAUUUGCAUCCAUUCCUGAUUCAUUCUGGUUUUCAAUCAUAACAAUGACAACUGUAGGCUAUGGAGAUUAUGUACCACGUACGACACUAGGCAAAGUUAUCGGUGCUGCUUGUGCUAUAACAGGUGUAUUGACGAUUGCUUUGCCCGUGCCAAUCAUAGUAUCGAAUUUUACGUAUUUUUAUCAACGACAAAUGGAAGAUAAUGAACGACAGUAUCAAGCGAGACAGAAAGCACAAGCAGCAAACCAAUUAACAUCAGACAAACGUCAGCUCUAUUUGCUGAAUGAAAAAGAUCGAGGACCUGAAUGUAAUGAAUGGGAAACGUCAUUAAAUGAACCGGAUUAUUCCGAUUAUCGUGAAAUAACACAUGCUGUCACGAAGAAAUUGGUACAUAAUGCCUAUUUCAAAGCGUUUCGAGGUUCAAAGAAAAUCUCUCCGACAAUGCGAAAUCAAAAACUACCAACAACAAAUGCGCCGUAUCAAAUGAAUCAUCGAAUUUAUCAAAUAGCUGACGAUAAGCAUGAAACUGAUACUCUCUGUUGA